AUGGCCACCCCACAAGAACUCGUUCCCCAGACGGAAUCCAUCGCUGAGGUCUACGCAACGGACGACGCCUCCGCCAACUCGGUGGCCCCAGAGCAUCAGGCACGUUUCGAGGGACUGGUCUCUCAGUUUGCCAAAUCCUACGGUCACCGACCUGAGUUUGUCGCCCGUAGCCCGGGUCGCGUGAACAUCAUCGGAGAGCAUAUCGACUACAACCUCUACGAUGUCCUUCCCACCGCCGUGAGCGUCGACGUCAUCAUGGCCGUCAAGGUUGUCCCCUCAGCCUCGGAGCCCACCGUGAAGAUUGCCAACGUGAACCCAGAGAAGUUCCCCUCGCGCGAAUUCACCGUGCCUCGGGACACGGAUAUUGAAAUCGAUCCUAAGAAACACGAAUGGGUUAACUAUUUCAAGGCGGGCCUUUUGGGAGCGCUGAAAACCCUGCGCAACAAGAAGCAGGAUGGCACAUUCGUUCCCGCGAGCGUGGAAGUUUUGGUGGAUGGAAACGUGCCUCCCGGUGGCGGAAUCUCCAGCAGCGCGGCCUUCGUCUGUGCGAGUGCCCUUGCAGUCAUGAAGGCAAACAACCACAACGUCUCUAAGCAAGAUCUUUUGGACUUGGCUGUGGUUUCGGAACGUGCGGUCGGUGUCUACUCCGGAGGUAUGGACCAAGCUGCCUCCAUCUUCUCUCGUCGCGGAUACCUGCUGUACACUCAGUUCUUCCCGAACUUCUCCGUGCAGCACGUCCCUAUUCCUAAGGCUGCGGAGGAGAUUACCUUCCUCAUGGCCCAGAGUUUUGUUACCUCUAACAAGGCCGAGACGGCCCCUCGUCACUAUAACCUGCGUGUGGCUGAGUGCACCCUGGCCGCUGUGGUUCUCGCCGCUCAGCACGGUCUGACCCUGCCCAAGGAUAACAGCUCGCUCGGAUACAGCCUGCGAAACUUCCACGAGGAAUUCAUGCGCAAGGAGGGCCGCCUGGGCGACCCUCUCGAGUACCAGAUCGACUCUGUCAUCCAGACCACCAUGGAGCUGCUUUCCCAGGAGCAAGGAUACACCCGGGAGGAGAUUGCCAAACUACUCGGCACCACUGUGCCCGAGGUCGAAGCCAAGUACCUUUCCUCGUUCCCCGUGCAGGCCGAUCGAUUCCUCCUGCGUCAGCGCGCUCUGCACUGCUUCACCGAGGCCCGUCGCGUGCUGGACUUCAAGGCCUGCCUCGCUAAGGCGUCAACUCUCGACGACAGACGCAUCCAGUAUCUCGGCCAGCUGCUGAACGAAUCGCAGGAUUCCUGCCGCACAACGUACGAGUGCAGUGCUCCGGCGGUGGAUGACAUUUGCGCCAUUGCUCGUCGCGCUGGCACCUGGGGCAGCCGUCUGACCGGUGCGGGAUGGGGUGGCUGCACCGUCCACAUGCUGCCGCAGUCCAAGGUCGAGGCGGUAACCAAGGCCCUGAAGGAGGAGUACUACCUCAAGCAGUUCCCGGACAUUAGCGAGGAGAAAUUGGCUCAGGCCAUGGUUAUUAGCAAGCCUUCGAACGGAUCCUUCAUGGUCACGGGGGCUGCCAUUGAUCAGGUCAAGAUCUAA